ACGCUUUUCUAAAUAAACAAUCGCUUAUUAUUAUGAAACCGUCGACUGUGGGUUCUCAUAAAUGUCAUACUGCGUUUAGAUUUGGGGAAAUUAAAGUCUCCUGUUUGUGGAUCCUGGAUCCGGCUGACGUCGGUGAACAGAACAGGUGCGCACGUUCAGUUUGCGUCAAGAAUUCUGAUUGGAGGAGAGCUUAUCCUGAUUGGCUGAGCAGUCAGAUGGGCGUGGCCGCAGGUGAAGUGCUGCACUUGUCGAGUCCACUGCUGCUCGUACAGGGAAGUGAACACAUUCUCAAGACAAAAAUCUGACAUUAGACGUCAUUAUAAUUUAUAAACAGGCAGAUGUGGGUAAAUCAAACACAGUGAGUGAUUGCUGGGUUACAGUUGUGGUGUGGUUGGUAAAGAUGAUGUGGAUGUUGGUGGAGGUUCUGUUAGCAGGAAGGAAUGACCACAUUGACCAAGCGGAACCGGCGCUCUGAGGCUCCAACGGAGCGACUGAGUAACACUGAGGAGAAGGAGGAGAAAGCAGACGGCACAGAUGAGGAACAGGACACCGACUCCAAAUCACUGAGACUCACACUGAUGGAGGAGAUUCUGCUGCUGGGACUCAAAGAUAAAGAGGGCUACACGUCGUUCUGGAACGACAGCAUCUCGUCAGGGCUGCGCGGCUGCAUUCUGGUGGAGCUGACGCUGAGAGGACGCGUUCACCUCGAACCGCAGACCUCUCGCAAGAGAAAACUACUCGACCGCAAGGUGGUGGUGAAGUCCUCUGCUCCUACAGGUGAUGUGCUGCUGGAUGAAGCGCUGAAGCACAUUAAAAACACUGAACCGCCAGAGGACGUGGCCAGCUGGAUUGAGCUGCUGACAGGCGAGACGUGGAACCCCCUAAAGCUGCACUUUCAGAUCCGUAACGUGCGCGAGCGCCUGGCGAAGAAUCUGGUGGAGAAGGGCGUCCUGACCACGGAGAAGCAGAACUUCCUGCUGUUCGACAUGACCACGCACCCGCUGACGGACAGCAACGAGAAGGAGCGUCUGAUUCAGCGUCUGCAGGACAGUCUUCUGGAGCGCUGGACCAACGACUCGCGCCGCAUGAACCGACGCAUGCUGGCCCUCAUCCUGCUGGCGCACGCCUCCGACGUGCUGGAGAGCGCGCUGGCCUCGCUGCCCGACGACCGCUACGACACGGCCUCCUCGCGCUCGCGCGGCCUGCUGGAGGCCGACCCCGACCAGGAGAGCGCAAAGGUCACGACCCCCGCCGAGGAGAUGAUCUGGGCCGUCCUGGCCGCCUUCAACAAAUCCUGAGACGACUACAGCGGACCAGCCCUUCAUAGACAGCAUCCUCACUCAUGUGACCCCUCGUAAGUGAGCACUACAAAGGCAGCAACAAGAAGAUGCAACACAACAGCAGGAUUAUUAACGAUACCUAAAAGCAUAAAACAAACAUUUUUGUUACUUAUAAACAUAUCAAUUUGAGUCACUUUCAUUUUUUUUUUUUUUUUGACUUAUUUCUUUUUUUGAAUUUUAGUUUUAUUAAUUUUAGUACUUCAUCUUAUUUAGUUGCCAAAUGAGUUUUUAAGUUUUUUUUUUUUUUUUUAAUUAACAGUUACAACACUGGUCUUUAUUUUAUUUUAUUUUAUUUUAGUUUAGUUUAUUUUAGUUUAUUUUAGUUUAGUUUAGUACUUCAUCUUGUUUAGUUGCCAAAGUAAUUUUUUAAUUUUUCAUCUAAUAUUUUAUUUUGUUCUAGUUAACAACAAUUCUUUUGAAUGGUUUUAAUUAACAGUUACAACACUGGUCUUUAUUUUAUUUUAUUUUAUUUUAUUUUAUUUUAGUACUUCAUUUUGUUUAGUUGCCAAAGUAAUUUUUCAUCUAAUAUUUUAUUUUAUUUUAUUUUAGUUAUCAACAAUUAUUUUGAAUGGUUUUAAUUAACAGUUACAACACUGAUCUUAAUUUUAUUUUUUUUAAUUAAUUUCAGUACUUCAUCAUCAGCUUAUUUUAUUUCAGUUAUUUGCCAAGGCAACAUUUCUAAUUUUUAUUUUUUUAAGUAUAAAUUUCUCACCAACUAGUUGUAAUUUAUUUUUAUUUCAGCUGUAUUUUAUUUUAUAUUUAUUUUAUUUAACUACAACUAUUUUGAAUAGUUGACAGUUUAGUUAAUAAUAAAAAAAACUGAUCUUAAUCUUAAUAAUCAUAAACUGAAUUAUCUAUUUAAUUUUUUUUAAAGUUAAUUCCCAAGAAAAUACUUCUCAUUUUCACUGAGUAUAAAUUGAAGUACUAAAAUAAGUAAAACUAAAACUGAAAAAAAAAAAAAAAAAAACUAUAUAGACAUUUUAAAAAAGGACAAAAUCACACAGCAAAAUUCCUGAAACAUUAACUAAAAUUAAAAUGAUAUACGAAUAAUAAAAUAGUAGCAAGUUAAAAUUAUAAAUAGAAAAUAAUUCGAAAUAUUAAUAAAAACUGUGAUGGUAUUUAAAUGAUACUAAAAUAAGACUGAUUGAAAUGAUCAGCAUAAGUGUGAUGCCUUGAAAUGCUGUCUACGUAGGGAGCGUGUGAUAAGUGGUUUUGGAUAACAGUGUGUGUUUUUCCUGUUGUGUAAUGUUUAACGCUCCCACAACGUUCAGAGAGCGUGUCAGCUGGCAUGUGUCACAUGACCUUACUUCUUCAUCAUGUGACCCUCACACAAUCACAUAAUGCAUGUGAUUUGCCCUCAUCCGAUGGCACAUCCUGUCAGACUCUUUCAUAAUUUAUGCAGUAAAUGAUACCCAGUAACUUGCCUUAAUAUUUAUUGAGCAGUUUUAGGUGUUUGUCUGUUCAUUUGCAAUCAAAUGAACAAAUCAUCCACCGCUAAAGAGUCGUGCAGCGUUUUCCGUGAGCGUAACGUGUUCAAAUGUUGUAGGAGAAGGUUUGGGUGUGUCUGUCUAGAAGAAGAAGCUCCAGACAGUCAACAGAAUGGAUGUGAAAACAUCCAAACGUCUUGCUGAAACACGUGCAGAUCCGGUUACUGAAGGUUUGGGUCUGUAAGGAUUGAACUCGAGGCCUUACGUUCUGUUUUAUUCAUGUUUUUAAUGAACUUUCAUACUGAAAAAAACCUCAAGGCCCUUUGCACAAACGUAUAGAACAAAACGGAGCCUGAAACUGAGUUUUAUCUGUUGUUUUCCAACAAAUGGUCAGUAGAAGAUGGAAAUGUGAAAGAUGGAAAUGUUUGUCAGCCUCAGGAGUUAACAUUUACUUUUUCAUAUUUGCUUAAUAUUAAUGAAUUAGUGUCUAAAUACAGUUUUUGUGUUAUAUAUAUAUCUGUGUGUGUGUGUGUGUGUGUGUUUGUAUCCAUGUAGACUUUGAGAGAAAAUGUACUUAGAUGUCACGUUCUGUAAUGUUUUUUUUGUUUUGUUUGUUUUUUUGGAUGAAAAUCACAUGGUAAGAGGGUUGUGUACAAAUGUGGGAAACUCCUGAAAAAAUUAUAUGUAAAUAAAUUAAAUUAUUUAACAUACCGUUUUCAUUUUUUUUUUAUUUUUAUUUUUUUU